AUGGGUCUGAUCCAACGUCUUCCAGAAGACGUUGUGAAUCGAAUGGCGGCUGGAGAAGUGCUCGCAAGGCCAUGUAAUGCAAUAAAAGAGCUUGUUGAAAACUCUCUAGACGCUGGUGCAACUGAAAUAAAGGUUAUGAUGCAGAAUGGAGGUUUGAAAACACUCCAAGUGUCGGAUAAUGGAAAAGGAAUCGAACGAGAGGAUUUUGAAUUGGUUUGCGAGAGAUUCGCCACUUCGAAACUACAAAAAUUCGAAGAUUUGAUGCAUAUGAAGACGUACGGAUUCAGAGGAGAAGCGUUAGCAUCGCUAAGCCACGUGGCAAAAGUUAAUAUCGUUUCGAAACGGGCGGAUGCAAAGUGCGCAUACCAGGAUGGAAAACUUCUUGCACCCACAAAACCAGCCGCCGGUAAAAAUGGAACAUGUAUCACCGCAACCGACCUAUUUUAUAAUCUUCCAACACGAAGGAAUAAGAUGACAACCCAUGGAGAAGAAGCCAAAAUGGUCUACGACACAUUGCUCAGAUUCGCGAUUCAUCGACCAGAUGUGUCAUUUGCACUCCAUCAGAAUCAGUCGAGUGAUUUUCGAACAAAAGGCGACGGAAAUUUUCGAGAUGUUGUUUGUAAUUUGUUAGGACGAGAUGUGGCUGAUACAGUGAUCCCAAUUUCACUGGAUUCAAAUCGUCUGAAAUUCAAAUUCACUGGGAAAAUCUCGAAACCAAUCGCAUCGGCAACAUCGAAAAAUGCGCAAAAUCGAAAAACGAGCCGAUCGUUUUUUAGUGUUUUUAUCAAUGGACGAAGUGUGAGAUGUGACAUUUUAAAGCAUCCGAUUGAUGAUGUUUUACAGAAUCGAUCGCUUUGUGUUCAAUUCUGUGCAUUGCACCUGGAAAUUGAUGAAACCCGAAUUGAUGUCAACGUUCAUCCGACGAAAUCAUCGGUGAUUUUUCUGGAAAAAGAGGAAAUUAUUGAGGAAAUUCGGGAAUAUUUUGAGAAAUUCAUUAACGAUUUAUUUGGACUUCCUGAUAGAACAGAAGCUGUGAAAGAAAAAGAAAAAGAAGAAGAAGAAAAUGAGGAGAAUCUGAAAUUCCAGUUUUCCCAAAUUCCAAUUCUAACAACCCAAUCGAUCAAAUCAAUUGAAUCGUUUCGACGGGCAUCCACCUCGAAUAGUGAGAAUGGUUUCAAAUUAAAAUCCUCUGCUGAUCCCAAAAAGCGUGUAGACCAUAUGGAAGUUCGAACAGACGCCAAAGAGAGGAAAAUCGACGAAUUCGUUGUUCGCGGUCCCAUGAAACGGCCACGUGGCAACGAUUCAGAUGAAGAAGACGUUUUUGAGAAUCUAGAUGACGUGGAGAUUCAGAUGACACAGAAUACUACAGAAUUGGAUGAUGGUGUUUCGAUGGUUUCUAUGGCUAGUGGAUUAGGGGGAGAUCGACGAAUGAAUGAAUCACAAGAUUUAGGAGAGGAUGAGGAUUUGCUGGAAAAUGGGACAACCUAUCGCGAGUUUGAGUUCGAAUCUCUCGAAAUUCUCCGCCAUCAAAUCGCUUCGUCUGCGUCUCUUUCUCUCCGCGAACUAAUAAAGACCAGCACAUUUGUGGGUUCGAUUGAUCCAGAAACGGUCCUUAUUCAAUUUGGAACUUCGCUAUAUAUGCUCAAAUUCUCUGAAAUCCUCCGAGAAUUUUUCUAUCAAAUUUCCAUUCUCUCAUUUGGCAAUUAUGGGUCAUAUCGGCUGGAAGAAGAGACUCCAUUAAUUAUCGAUAUGCUCGAAUUGAUUGGGGAAUUGAGUGAGACUGAUGAGAAUUAUAAGGCGUUUUCGAUAUUUCGAGACCCAACUACACGAGAAGAGGCGGAGUUUUUGUUAGGUGAACACGUGGAACUACUGUAUGACUAUUUUGCAAUCAAAAUGGAAUGGAUGUGUUUAGAAGGAGAGAAAAGGAGACUCCACAUCACGGAAAUCCCAUCACUAGUACACCAUUAUGUUCCACAACUCGAGAAACUUCCAUUUCUAGUCGCCUCGCUGAUUUUGGAUGUCGAAUAUGAUGAUGAACAAAAAUGUUUCCAAUCGAUUUGUCGUGCGAUCGCUGAACUCUUCACACUUCACUCUCCAUUUAUUACGGCCGAGAAAAAAGUGUCGGCAUUUUGUGGAACGCACUGGAAGCCACUAAUCAAACAAGUCCUCAUGCCACUUGUCAAACGAAAAUUCAUUCCGCCUGAGCAUUUUAAAAGUGCCGAUAUUUUUGUGCAAUUAGCUGAUUCUCAUGACCUGUAUAAGGUUUUCGAACGGUGUGGUUCUUAA